AUGCGGCGGCCCUGCAAGGUGGCGGCGGCCCUGCUGUGCCUGGCCGUGCUGCUGCUGCUCUAUCUGCUGGCGGGCAGCGCGGCCCCGCCGCCCGCGCCCUCCGCGCCCGCCCGCCGCCCGCCGCGCCUCGGCCGGAGCCCCCCGAGGAGGAGCCCCGCGGGCGGCGGCAGCGCCAGCGCCAGGAAGCCUGGAGAGCAGAAACAUCCAAAGGAGCCCUCAUCCUUGCAGUGCAUGCAUCUGGCAGUGGUGGCAUGUGGGGACCGGCUGGAGGAGACGCUGAUCAUGCUGAAGUCAGCAGUUCUCUUCAGCAACAGCAGGCUCUGCUUCCACAUCUUUGCUGAGGAUUCCCUUAAGCCUGAAUUUGAGAAGAAGUUAAAGGAGUGGCCUUCCUCAUAUACAAAGAAGUUUGAGUCCAACAUUUACCCAAUAACCUUCUCAGUAGGAAAUGCUCAGGAAUGGAAAAAGUUAUUCAAACCAUGUGCUGCCCAGCGCCUGUUUCUUCCGGUGAUUUUGAAGGAUGUGGAUUCCCUGCUUUACGUGGACACUGAUGUGCUGUUCCUGAGGCCCAUUGAUGACAUCUGGCACCUCCUGAGAGAGUUUAACUCCACCCAGCUGGCUGCCAUGGCCCCCGAGCACGAGAUCCCCAAGAUUGGCUGGUACAGCCGCUUCGCCCGUCACCCGUAUUACGGCAGCACCGGCCUCAACUCCGGGGUGAUGCUGAUGAACCUGACACGGAUCCGCAGCACUCACUUCAAGAACAGCUUGAUACCAGGUGGCUUGACUUGGGAGGAAAUGUUAUAUCCAUUGUACCAAAAGUACAAAAACUACAUCACAUGGGGAGACCAGGAUUUGCUAAAUAUAAUUUUUUACUUUAACCCAGAGUGUCUGUACGUGUUCCCCUGCCAGUGGAACUACCGGCCUGACCACUGCAUGUACGGCAGCAACUGCAGGGGGGCAGAGGACGAGGGGGUGUCCAUCCUGCACGGCAACAGAGGCGUCUACCACGAUGACAAACAGCCCACCUUCAAGGCCCUGUACGAGGUGAUCCGGGAUUUUCCAUUUGAAGACAAUCUCUUCCAGUCCUUGUACUAUCCUCUGCAGUCAAAGUUUCUGGAUACAGUGCACACUUUAUGUGGGAGAAUUCCACAAGUAUUUUUGAAGCAAAUUGAGAAAACUAUGAAGAAGGUAUAUGAAAAUCGUGUCAUUGUGUACCUGGGGGCCAACCACAGAUACUAACUGUAGCUCUCUUCUUACUUUUAAGUCUUGUACUCCAUUUCAUGAAGGAUAUAAAUGAAGAAUAUGAACUCUUUUACUGGAACUCAGAAUUAAAAUAUUUCUUUUUCAAAUUUUCUAAUAACCCUUGAAAUUACAAAAAGCAGGAAAUCCUAGAAGCCUACUCAGAAUGUUGCUGAGAACAGCAGGAGAAUCAUUUCUUUGUGGAGUACAGUUGUGGCCUGCCUCCCCCCUCCCUUGCAGUUGAAGAAUUUAUUCUCUGGCUUGGAAAUGUGAAUUGCGUUAGGCACAGUCCAAGGCUGUUGUCAGUGAAGAGUACAAACCCAGGUACUGUUGAUCCAUUUUCCUCUUUAAGUGCUGUUCCUUGCACAGUAACAGCAGUAUUCCACUGCCAGUUUUCCAUCCCUGCCUUGGGAGAUGGCCAGUGCUGCCCUGACUCCGCUCUCCUGCAUGGAAAUGUAUUCUGCCUGGCACUUCCAUUUCUGGGAUCACAGAAUUCUAGAAUGGUUUGGGCUGGAAGGGACCACCAUGGAUACCUUGUUCCACACCCUUCGCCUAGACCAGGGUACUCCAGCCCUGUCCAACCUGGCCUUGAACACUUCCAGGGAUGAAGAAGUUGAGAUCUUUAUGCUGGGAUCAAAAUGAAUAGCCUCAAAGUGGAAGAGGAUACAAAAUGGCUUUGAUGUUUAUUUAAAAUACUUCAUUUAGCUAAAGUUUCCAAAGUAUGAUCACAAUCUUGUGAUAUGCACAAAGAGCUUAUUAAAUUGCAGUAGCUGAAAAGUGCUUGGGACCAUUCCCUGGGGAACUGGAAGUGAGGACACUCCUACAAAGCAGGGAUCCAAGAGCAGACUCCCAGAGGGCAUUUUUUAGGUGUGAGCCCCAAGGGUGUGUGUAGGAGUGCUUCAAGGAAGCAGCAGAGAAAAUGAUGUUACUUUUCAAGUCUGUUGAGCUGAAAACAUCAGCCAUGACUCGGAACUGCUCGUUUUUGUAUCUAACAGGCAAAGUAGGAGCGGGGUGAGCAGGGUGAGAUAAUGAAGCCUUCCUCUAAUGAAAGGCAAACUGGCACAGAUGGGAUAUCCUGUACACAUAUCAUACAUUUGUUAAAGACAAAUGCUUGGGGACUGUGGAUGAGGGAAAGCUCCCAAAGUUAAAAUAGGAUUUCUGAGGAAUUGCAGUUCCAGGUGUUCUCCCCUCUCCAGUCAGGAAGAAAACAGACUCUGGGUGUCUUCCUUUUUAUCUUGCACAUUCUCUCUCCUUGUGUGGCAGUUCCUGAGAGGAGGGAAAACACGACCUUGGUGCCAUCCCGGGCUGCCAGAUAAGAACCUGUUGUUGGAGUUCCAGCAAGCUUUUCCCAGCCCCUGGAGUGUGGGUGUCUGUGACACAGCCUGGCAGAGAGCAGGGCUGCAGGCAGCUGAGCAGAGGAGUGCUGGGACAGGGGCUUGGAGUAAGGGGCAGCAGAACUGCUGGACCUCACAGCAUGACAGGAACAGAAACCUUGUUAGCGCCUCUGCUGCAGAUCACGGUUUGAUUAAACAAUGUGUUCGACUCCAGCCCUUAUCUCAGUGAUAGCACCUCAGUGUCAAUUGAGAUGUGAAGGACACAGGCAACUUGACUGUUGUGAUUGAAAGCCUGGGACCCAGAAAGUCAUUCAAACUUGAGCAGAGAUGCCUUUCCAGCCUGCCUUAGGAUUUUCUAUUUCAGCUGGUUUCAGCUGCCAAUUUAAACAAGAGUACACUUCUACCUACUGGGAGAACUUUGGAAUGUAACCCAAGUGAGCUUUGAAGAUUUCAGAACCAGAAGGCAGAGAAAAGAAGGUAAAGCUGCUGAUUUUAAAAAGUUUAAAAUAAUGUAUGGCAGGUAAGCCUUUAGGCCAGCAACUCUUGAGAGCUUGUAUAAAGUAUUAGCUUGCUUUUGGUCUUUAUUUUCAAGUAUCAGGGUAAAGCUGACUCGUUCUAACGAGGCUGGUGGAGCUGCAUGCUGGGCAGGCUGAAUUCCUAAUUUCCAUGGUGUCUCCAAGCCACAGAAAGCUGCAGAGCAAAGUCUUGCUGCCCAGACAGUGGCAGCCCCAGUGCUGAGGCUCUGGAGUUUGGGAGCUGUGGUUGUGUAAGCUGUGAUUCAGCAGAACCCUGCAACUACGGGCACAUUCAAAUGAAGGAGUGGAAUUCAUUCCAAACAAAGGCAUUAUUGCAUAUGAACUGAUUAGAGAUUAAAGCAGUGCUUUUUAUGUUCACAGGAGGUGCUACAUUUUGUUUAGGAAGAACUGAGUUGUGUUCUCAACAGCUAUUAAAUAUAUGAAGUAUUUGCUUUAACAUGAAGACUCUUGUUAAUGUAAUAUCAGCUGGCAGGAAGAAUGGGGGAGGUUCCCCCCUGCUGGGCUUUUUCUGAGGAAAAAAGCAAUAAUUUGAGCUCUCCAAAGUGUUUAAAACAAUUAUGUAACUUUUUUUUUUUGUUGAUGUUAGAAUUAUUAAUUUAUAUUUCACUACAGCUUCCAAAACCUUGUUAUAUUUUAGUUUUAACAGUAGUUGAUUGUAAUAUUCAUCUUACUUAGAAACCAGUUUUAAUUCAUUUUGUAUUUCAUACUUGUGGCUAAUUCCAUGUUAAUUAGCCUUCAUUUAUUUUAAUAAUGGGAUGUAUAAAUACUUGCAAAGCCUUAUGUCCUCAUUUCCCCUUCCUUUCCUGUGUUUUAGUUAUUUCCAAUGGUAUAAUGGAUAGAGCUCACCAGCAUUUUGCUUACAGGGGAAACUGGAAACUGCUCAGUGUGUGUGUGUGUGCACAGCACGAGCGUGUGUGUAAAAAAUGUCCCUUUUCUCUGUCCCUGAAUUGCUUGUGGAUUUUUCUUUGACAAGUGCACUGAUUGUUACAGCUCCCAAGGAGGCUGAGCAGUGCAUUUCUGGGCUGAGGAUGAUCCUUUUGCUUACAAUACAAAUAAAUGAAAUUUUACGCAAGCUCUGUAAUUUGCUAGGUUUCUUUUAAAUACAAGGUUUUGUGCUGGUCUGGUUGGGAUAAAGUUUUGUGGGUAUGAUGUUAUAGUGUGUGUAUACAGGGUUUGACAGCAGGGAACACAGAUAAAUGUUCCUCUUUUACAGUUUCACUGUAGUGAAGGAGUCUGAUAUUGGAUUUAAAGAGACAAAUACAUUUAACUUCCCACAAAGUGCUCGUGUGUCAUGCUGCAGCUCCAGUUGUGUUACAGUGAGCAUAGAUCAGAGCCUUCUCUCAAAGGAAACUGGAGUUGUAGCUUUUACUCUUUACAGUUUCUCCAUUAUGUUUCACUCCUUGGAGGUAAUAAUCCUUCUUGUAUGCAUUUUUUGAUAUUCUUGUAUGGUCACUGCUGUGCUGCCCUUGCUUUUGACAUCUGUGUGUGACAGAAGCUCCUGGGCUGUCUGUUCAGCCAAAUCCUGGUGCUGACACUGUUCCCAGCUGGGUGGUGUGCUGGGCUCAGCCUCAGCUCUCUGAAGUCAAACUAAGAAUAAAACUCUCAUUGACAUGGAUGGGCAGAGGUGGGCUAGCUGUAAAACACAAUAAAAUGGGAUGGUAGAAGAAAUUAUGAGCACCCCUCCAGAGGUGAGAGGGGAUGGGACAGUCACCAGGAUUGUCCCUGCAGAGGCUGGGAACAUUCCCCCACUGCUCUUGGGACCAGUGCUUGUCUGGGCUGGGAUCAGCCUGCACCUCCUGCUGGGAUGAGAUAAGGAAUUGUUAUCUGAGUUUCAAAAGACAGAGCACUGUUGGGAAAUAUUGCUUUUGUUCUGGAUCAGAAUAAAAACCAAACUGUCAACAGUUCCUUUGAAAUGAAAAUGGAGACAAAACACCAAAAUGAGAAUCAGCAUUGAAGAUGAACAAAGCACUUUGUUAAUGUUUUUUUUUUAGGCAAAAUAUUUUGAUUUGACUUCUACAUCUAUAUAAAUGUACCUUAGUUGUUGCUGUUACUUUGUGAAAACUGGCCCAAAAGUAUAGCCCAAGAGUGUGUAAGUAUAGUUUUGGUAAUUAAUACUGAAAUAAUGACACAGAAAUGACACAGCUCUUUAUUUUAAAGACCUGUUCUUGUAGAAGCAUCUUUUCCUGAAUCCUCUUGAAAAUGUUAAUUCCCUCCGGUGAGGGUUAGAGCUGUGCACAACAGGUGCCUUCUCAGGGUUCACACCUUCAGUGAAAGAUCUCCUUCCCUUUCUGCUCAGUGCUUCCAAAGGACAUCAGGGUUCCUCACACCUGAGGCUCCAGCUG